GGGACCCACCACCCGCCCGGCUGGCAUCCUCCGGCAGGCGCCAGAUCUGCCGCGUGGAGCGAGCGCCGCCUUCGAGGGGCGCCGGACGCAGGAGUCAUGACCCUCCGCCGACUCAGGAAGCUGCAGCAGAAAGAGGAGGCGGCGGCAGCCCCGGACCCCGCCGCCCGGGCUCCCGACUCGGAAGCCGCUCCGAUUCCGACCCCGACCGCGGCCCCCCCUGCUGCAGCCGCCAGCCCUGGGAUCCGGGACGAGCUGUACGCGGCGCUGGAGGACUAUCACCCGGCCGAGCUGUAUCGCGCGCUCGCCGUGUCCGGGGGCACUCUGCCCCGCCGAAAGGGCUCAGGGUUCCACUGGAAGAAUCUCAGCCAAAGUCCUGAACAGCAGCGGAAAGUGCUGACUUUGGAGAAGGAGGAGAACCAGACCUUCGGCUUUGAGAUCCAGACUUACGGCCUUCACCACCGGGAGGAGCAGCGAGUGGAGAUGGUGACUUUUGUCUGCCGAGUUCAUGAGUCCAGCCCUGCCCAGCUGGCUGGGCUCACACCAGGGGACACCAUCGCCAGCGUCAACGGCCUGAACGUGGAGGGCAUCCGGCAUCGGGAGAUUGUUGACAUCAUUAAGGCGUCUGGCAAUGUUCUCAGACUGGAAACUCUGUAUGGGACAUCAAUUCGGAAGGCUGAACUGGAGGCUCGUCUGCAAUACCUGAAGCAAACCCUAUAUGAGAAGUGGGGAGAAUACAGGUCUCUAAUGGUGCAGGAGCAGCGGCUGGUGCACGGUGAGACUGAGGCCCGCGAGCAGGCCCUGUGCGGCCCUGGGCUGCGCAAAACGAAGUACCGCAGCUUCCGCCGGCGGCUGCUCAAGUUCAUCCCCGGACUCAACCGCUCCCUGGAGGAGGAGGAGAGCCAGCUGUAGGGGCGCGGGCGGGCGGGGGAAGGUAUUUAUUUAUUUAUUCGUUCCAGCCAGUGCAAAAAGGAGGCGGGGCGGUUGCCCGGCUAAGGGGACCCCAGGAGCCCAGAGCAGCGGGAGAGGGCCCUUGCCAGCCCCAGCUGGCCUGCCUGGUUCCUGGCUUGUCUCUGCCAAGUGGUGAACCCGGGCCCCAGGCCCCUUUACUCCUCCUUCCCAAAACCACCAUGGGAGGUGGUGCAGGGCAGAACCAAGCGAGUUCGCUCAGGGUUGGGAGAGGUUCGGGGGCCAAAGAUGGAGCGUGCCGUCUAUCAUCUGGGUCAGUAGUGCCUUGUGGGGUGUCCAGGAAAACCCCUCCUCCGAGUGGGGGACCCUGUCCCACGAAGCCCUCUCCUCAGCUUUACUUGCUCCCCACCCUUGGCCUUGGGGAGAAAUGGCCAAUGCUGGGUCAUUCCCCCACCCUCCACACACACGCGCACACAGUUCCAGUUAACCAGUGGGCCCCUGAGAGGUCCUAAGGUGCUGGUCCCCCUCCCUCCUGGCCUUGACCCCUAAGGGCUUGGCCCCUCCCAGGGGCCUGUAACUAAGUGGGGUCCUGCCAGGCAUGGGUCCUGGGUUCUUUGCCCCUUGGGGGACAGGAAUGGGAAUGUCCUGGUUGGGGUGGGGGCAGCUCAGACUGUUCCACCAUUUUGCAUAUUGUUGCUUCUGAACCACAAACUAAAAAAUUGACUUUUUUU